AUGGUAGCCAGCGAUUGUUACGGUAUAUUAGGCGUUAAACCAACAGCGACAGGAGAUGAAAUUAAAAAAGCCUAUCGAAAGAAAGCUCUUCAAUAUCAUCCUGAUAAAAAUCCAUCUGUAACAGCUGAAGAAACAUUUAAAGAAAUUAAUAAAGCAUAUGAAACCUUGAGUGAUGUAGAUAAACGUCGAACGUAUGAUUUACAACAACAAAAACCUUACACUACAACAACAAAUAAAUCUUCCACACAACAAAAUAAACAAGAAACAUCAUUUAAGACAUCAUUUCAUUCACCCGGUCAACCACAUUUCACAUUUAAUUCAACAACAACGAAAAAUAAUGGUUCAACAUCAUCACGUCCUGGACAUUUUCGUUUUCAUCGUACCGGUCAAGAUCCAUUUACAACUUUUCGACAACGACAUUCAAAUUUUCCUAAUUCAUUUUUUGAUUCAUUUGGUUCAGCAGAAUCACCUUUUUUUGAUUCAACAAAUAGUCAUAUUUCAUCUGAUAAUGAUGACGAUGAUGAUGGAAUUGAUGAUGAUGGAGCAGAACAUGGUCGAAAAAAUUCAACAUUCGGAUCAGAUGAUUUUGAUUUUGAUCAUUCACCACGUCAUCCUAGUCAAACACGUUUUACAACACAAGCUCGACCAAAAUGGAAUAAUAAUUGGGCAUGUGAUAGUGAAGAAGAUACUAAACCAUCAACAUCAACUGAUAAUCAAUUUCCAUCAAUGUUUCAACAACGAUCAACUGUAGAUAAUCCAUUUAUGAUGUUUGAAAUGUUAACACGUGCUGUAUUUGAUAAAUUUUUUAAUGAUGAAUUUUUUUGGAACAAUUUAAAUUCAACAAAUCCAAAUUCUCAAAAUUUACAUUUUCCAAAUUUAAAUCAACAACAAACUCCACGUUCAACAGGAACACGUUUACGUAGUGCUUCACAACAACGACCAUCAGCAUCAACAACAAAUCGUACACGAAUACAUGUUAAUCAUGUACCAUCAUCAAAGAAAAAAGAAAAUGAUAUGCAAUUUGAAUGGUUAGGACAUCAUCCAAGACAAAAACGAACAACAUCAUCAACACGUUUUGAUCAUAAAGAUAGUGAUGAGGAAAAUAUGGAAGAAAAUUAUGUUUAUCAACAAACAAAACCAACAACAGUAAAUGCUCAUCGUUUAAGAAGACGUAUGAAUAAUAAUAAUAAUAACACUGAACAAAAAUCUUGUUCAUGUCAAUAUUGUUUUCAACCGAUGAAAUCAAGUGAAGAUCGUUUACAACAUGAAAAUACAUGUCGACAACGUCCAACUAAAACAACAACAACAGCCAGUCAACGUCAUAAAUCUCAACAACCAACAAGUACACAUGAUGAUAAAUUAUUUUCAUCAAAAUGUUCCUAUUGUCAUCAAGAAAUUCGUUUAACUGAUCGUAUUGAUCAUGAAGCACUUUGUAAACAAUUUGGAACAAAACGACAUACAACAACGAAUAGUAGUACAAAACGUUUUAAUAAUUCAAUGUCCGGUAGUCUUAAUGAUAAUAAUAAUAAUACUACUACUAAUAAUCCAUCAUCUUCCAAAUUAUCGGCCGGAAAUCUAUCAAGUGGUAUUGAACAAUUACGUACAUGCAAUCGUUGUCAUCGAAUAUUUCCUGUUUUGUCCGAUUUAUUUAAUCAUAUGUGUGAUGAUGAAGAUGAGUUAUUUCAAACAAAUCCAACUAUAUCGUCAUCAUCAAACAAACGUACCAGUGAUAAUUUAUUUCAUAAAAAUAAUAAUAAUAAUAAUAUUAAAUCAGGAUUAGAUAGUAGUUCUUUAUUUGAUAAAAAAUCUUCAUUUAAUCAGGGAGUAUCAUCUACAAGACCUCUCAAGCUCAAUCGUCGUUCAUCAUUUAAUGAUUCAUCAGUAUCUUCAUUACGUUCAAAAAAAUUAUUUUCUCCUAUUUCACCUCCAUCAUCACCAUUAAUAAGACAACAACAUACAAAUUCAACAUCAAUACAUAUACCACCAGUAAAUAAUCAUUCAAAUAAUUAUAAAUCAACAUCGCACAUUCCUUUUACGAAACGACCUCUAUUUCGACCAGAUACAAAUAAUAUAACACAUAUAUCAACACCACCUUCAUCACAAUUAUUAUUUAAUGAUAAACCACAACAUGCAUCAAGUACAUAUGUUUAUUUGAGAAAUCCCACAUCACCUGUGCGUGUCAACUCUUAA